CCCGAAUACUGCCACAAAAUAUUCAGGUACAACUAUUGAACGCCUGUUCGUGUGGUGAAUUUAUUGUACAUCACAAUGAUGCACCUUUGUACGCUGCCUCUGGGCAUCGGAUAUUUGGCCGCGAUCGCGUCUUUAAAUACAUUUGUCAAGGCAGACUUGGUGAAGGUGGGUGGUGCUGGACCGAUCAUCGGAAAUAAGGGAUCAGGCACAGGAAAUGGUAUAAUAUCCAGCACAGCUAUGACUGCAGAAACGAGUGACAUGGGCGAUGCCUUUCAGAGUGGCAUCACUGAAUACGAAACCGACAUCGAGACAGAGACCGUCGUGGUGACGCGUUUAGUUGAAGCUAACGAAUGUGGUCUGUUAAAUGCGCCUAAUUGCUCAGUAGUAGAGCUCUGUGUAAGGGGCAGCCUCACAUUUGCAGACUUUCAAGCAAUUAAGACCGAACUGAAUGAUUUGAUAUGUGAGUCACCUGGGUGCACUGCAGAGCAUCCAAUGCACUUUUUGGAUUAUUACACAACGGGAACUGCCAACAAGUCUAUGUCGACCAUCGUAGGAACAGUCUGUGAAGAUGCUUGCCAGCAAGCAGUCCUGAAUCUCACGUACUCUGGAAUCGCACAGUGUGCGCUAAACAGUACUUCCGUGGCAGGUUUCGAGUACUGUGGCAUUACCUUGCCCGACCCAAGUGGAUCACUCACACCCCUGGGCCCCGGACCCGAACCAGCCCUCCCCAGUGACUGUAUGGCGCUGAGCACCUGGUACAAUCCCACAUCCGGUGCUUUCGAGUGGGUUUGUGCCGUGUGCAGUCCUAACUUCAUCUCAGAAGGGCUCAUGUGCACGCCAUUCGCCUGUGACACGGUGAAUGUUACGUCCGACUGUGCUUCUGCGAGCUUCUGUGCGUACGAGAAUUUAUUUUGCGAGAAUACCUUCACCGGACCUGUCAUCACCGUUUGCUUACCAACGCUCUGCCCAUGCCCACAGUCUCCAUUGUUCGGUAACAACUGGAACGGACUGCUUCCCUGUCCGCCAUGUGAUAACGGUAGUGAUGAACAAGACAGCUGUGAGAACGUUGUGUGCGGGGUGGGUCUAACCAUUUCAGGCGACGAACAAUGCGAUGAUGCCAUCUGCGCAAACUGUUGUCGUAAGAUACUCUGCGACGACGACGUGACAUGUCCCACUGGAUCUGCUCGUACCGGCGUAUUGGAGUGCACCUCAGAGAGUUGUGAAGAGUGUUGCAUAGGCACACCCUCUGAGAACCUAUGUCGGGGCAACCCUAUACCCGAUCCGUUUUUGACACGCACUGAGCUGGUGUUCUGCCGUGACGAUCUCGGGAAUAUAUCGCCCGGGAACUGCGACAGAUGCUUCCGUAAGAUCACCUGCCGAGAAGAUGCCAACUGUGGCCCUGGAUCGGUGCGAAUCGCUGAGCAGAUUGACGAGAGCUGCCAGGACGAAGACUGCACACAGUGCUGCGACCAACUGCUGUGCGCAGAUGUUGACUGUGACGACCCUGAUAGCGUCCAGACUGGCGAAACCGAGUGUACCUCUGAUUCGUGCGCCAACUGUUGCAAGGAUAUCUCCUGCAGCGCAAAUACGUGCCCACCAGGCUUUGACCGUACCGGAGAGGAUACCUGUGAUUCUGUCGACGACUGCACUAACUGCUGUGUGCUCGCCAAGACCUGUGUCGAAGACGCGGACUGCGCUGCUGGUUUCACUGAAACUGCACUUGUGGAAUGUCUUGAUGUGAGUUGCGACGGUUGCUGUGAACAGCUGACCUGCGCCCCAAUCACAUGUGAUGACGGGUUUGAGAAGACCGCUGCGGUUAAUUGUACCAAUGACGAAUGUACCAAUUGUUGUCGGGCCCUGUUGUGCUCCGGCCACGAGUGUCCCGCUGGCCAAGAGAAGAACGCCGACAUCACCACAUGUGACACAGACGAGUGCACAGAGUGUUGCACACAGCUUGUCUGUGACCCCUCCACAUGCUCAGGCGGUGAGGCGGCCACAGGCGACCUGAACUGUACAGACGAUGACUGCACCAACUGCUGCGAGCAGCUGACCUGUGCCACAGACGGCUUCUGUGGCGAAGGUAAGGUGCGCAACUCGGAGGUAGAGGACUGCUCUACGCUGAGCUGCGUGAAUUGCUGCACCCAACUGACGUGCGAUGCGUAUGAGUGCCCACCCAACUUUGUGCCUAUUCCCGGCCAGGGCGACUGCACCACAGACAACUGCGACAACUGCUGUCGGCCCAAGCUGUGCUCUAACAACCCCUGCAACGUGCCUGGAGAGGGACCCAGUGGGGAUGAGCGCUGUGAGGAGGAUGGCUGUGACAACUGCUGUGUGCAACGCAAGUGUGCCGAUGAAAGCUGCAAUCCAGGCUUCGAGCAAACCUCGGACGAGGACUGUGUGGACGACGACUGUUCCAACUGCUGUGUGCGUAGAACGUGUGCGGUUCAGAUCUCGGAGUGUGCGCCAGGCUUUGUGAGCACCGGAGCAACGGAUUGCACCAACAACGCCUGCUCUAACUGCUGCCGACAACUGGUGUGUGGCAGCCACGAGUGUGUGCCUGGGGAGAUGGUAACCUCCGCCACUGUGUGUGACGAUGACGAAUGCACCAACUGCUGCAGGCAACGCUCCUGUACCGAGGUACGUCCGUGCCGGGACGGCUUUGAGCAGACCCCGCGAGAGGACUGUAACACGGACUCCUGCGCGAAUUGCUGCAAGCCUCUGCUGUGCUCAGAGUUUGAGUGUGAGGCGGGAGAGGAGCGCACCGACCAGGAACAAUGCGCAGACGACGACUGCAAUGGCUGCUGUAGGCAGUUGACAUGCAAUGCAGAUGACGCGUGCCGUACAGACGAGUACGAGACCGGAGAUGAAAACUGUUCAUCGGAUAACUGUUCGAAUUGCUGUGAACUAGAGGACUGUAGCAGUCGCACGUGUGGCCCUGGGCUGGUGCGAAGCGGCGACGAGACCUUCUCGGAUUCCCAAGGAACCAACUGCUGCGAGCAACUGCUUUGUGCCGACACCACGUGUGGAGCCGGUAUCAUUCGUAAGGAUGAUACCGAGUGCACAACGGACUCCUGUGCCAACUGCUGCGUACAGCGAGUGUGUGCUGAUGUCGAGUGCGAUGCCACAGAGGUCGAAUCGGUGGAUGAGCUGUGCACCGUGGAUUCCUGUAGCAAUUGCUGCGUACCUGAUCGCUGUUCUGAGUUCCGCUGUCCAUCUGGCCAGCGCGACACGGACCAGAGAUUCUGCAUCAACGGCGACUGUUCGGGCUGCUGCGAACAGUUGGAGUGUGACGCCGAUGUCACCUGCACCGACAGCCAGAGAGAGUCUGGGGACACUGAUUGCGAUGACAACCGCUGCUCCAACUGUUGCGACGAUCUGGUGUGCUCUGUGGAGCGUCCCUGCGUAUCCGGCGAGGAGAAGAACGGACACGACGACACUCUGUGCGACGACAGCACCUGUGCUAAUUGUUGCACACAGCUAACCUGUGAUCCAGUCUGUGAUGCUGGAAAGGAACGCACGACAGACACGGAUUGUGAGGAUAGUGACUGCAGUAACUGCUGCCGGCAGCUGACAUGUGCGACAGAUAACGUCUGUGGCCCUGGACAGGAGGAGCGGGUUAACCAGAACAACUGCGACGACGAUGCGUGUAGCAAUUGCUGCGAACAAUUGGUGUGUGCCGAUGUCAAUUGCGCCGAGCGCGGCGCCGGUAUUGAGGCCGACGACAGCAACAGUAACUCAGAUUGCGCUAACCUGCAAUGCACAAACUGUUGCCAAUUCAAAACCUGUGACGACGACAACACAUGUGCGCCGACGGAGAAGCGGACAGCCGCCACCAACUGCGACACUCAGGGAUGCGCCAACUGCUGCACAGCCAAGACAUGCUCGGCCGACCGCGUGUGUGACUCUGACCAGGGCGAGUAUGCUGUGCCCGGCGUCUCUACGUGCACAGAUGCGAACUGUGACAACUGCUGUGAAGUGCGCACCUGCGAUGCGGACAGCUGCGAUCCCGGGCUGGUGUUUGACAACACACAGACCUUCUGUACGGACCGUAACUGCGGCAAUUGCUGCACGCAAUUGGUUUGCGACGAUGUGACAUGCCUUGGUGUGCAGGUCAAGAGCGGAAACCAAAACUGCAGAAACGACGGAUGCACCAAUUGUUGCGUUGACCAGCUAUGCAGCAACGUUGACUGCGAUGACGGCAGCAUCGAGAGCGGAGACACAGACUGUGACGUACAGAGUUGCGACAACUGCUGCACGCAGCAAACAUGCGCUGUAGCGUUCCCCACUUGUCCGGACGGCACCCGGUCUAGCGGUGAGGACAACUGCCAGACAGACGACUGCAGCGACUGCUGUGUGGCGGUGGCUUGUACUUCUGAUCUGGCGAAUACGCUUGGAGGCGAUUGUGGGGCUGGGUUGGGUCCCUCGGGCGACAGGUUGUGCUCAGAGGCGGCACCAGAUCUGUGCACGAAUUGUUGCAAACAGCUGGUUUGCGGCACAGAUUCGGAUGACUGCGACACCGACAAUGGUGAAGUGGAAGCCUUUCCCGGCGGUACACCAUGCGACAGAGACAACUGUGCCAAGUGCUGCAGACAAAAGACUUGUGCGGACGACGGUAACACGUGCACACCAGGUCAGCGUUUCUUUGCAGACGAUGACUGUGAGGAUGCCAGCUGCUCUAACUGCUGUGAAGACCGUCUGUGUGAUCCCGACGACUGCACUGGAGAUCAGCUGCCCUCUGGCGACGCCACGUGUACUGAUGCGGACUGUGAAAACUGCUGCGUGACUUGCGGCGACGAUGUGAUCUCCGGCACAGAACAGUGCGAGUACUUCUCCGCCAUUGACAAGUGGCUAGUUCCCGAGGCGUCCGAGUUCAGCGUAGACUGUGAACUCCCCAACGAACCACAGUACACCGGCCUAUCCUGCCUGCAGUCCAACCGACAGUGCGACUCCGGUACCUGUCAGGUCAUUGUGUGCCGAGAGUUGAAGGAGUAUCAGCGCGUGUGCGCCGCAACCACUGGCGAAGUAAAGACGGACUUUGAAGACAUGGAACUGGUUGUUCCGCUGUUCAAUAGGGCCAUUACCAAUGCCGAUUUGAUCGCCAUCGACUUGGCCACCACCGGGCAGAUCAGUGGGUCAUUGAUGAUCCAGAAUACUCAGGAGGACAACCAAAACUCGUACACGGCCAUAUACCAGGCCAGAACAACCAUUACAGUGCCCAACACCGAGGUCGAGAUAGUAGUAAUUCCCAGACAAGUGGACAGCGACGUUCCUCUAGCGCCAGGAGAAAAUAUCACGGACGUGUACUUCGUGACGGACACAUUUCUGAGCAGUUCGCCAUUCGAGGUAAGCACAUCCAGGAAGUACAUCCACAAACCAUUUUAG